AAGUCACACGGGAGCUUCCUCUGAGGCUUCAGUAAAGGGAAGUUGGAAAGGGGAAAUUCCGGCCCCCUGCCGUUUUAGUAACCAGAGGCAGCAAGAAGAGAUCACUUGUAUGUGCAUGGGCCCCAUCUUUUGAUUUUUAAGACAAAAGAAAAAGAAUCUUCUUCAGCAAACAGGGUCUCAUAUAUGCCAGACUGACCUCAAACUCGCAGUGUAACCCAGGAUGAUCUGGAACUUCUGAUUCUCCUGCGCCCACCUCUCCAGCACCACCACUGUUUCUACAACACUGGGGAUCGAACUCAACAUUCUACAGACUAAGCCACAUCCUCAGUCCCCAACUCCCCAACUUCACUGCUUUUUAAAGAUACAUACGAUCAUAACUUGCCCUCAGAGCAAGUCUCCUGUGCUCUCUUAUUCUCAAGGCUGUGGCAUUCCAACACUGUUAGAAAAACACCAUCAGGAUUUUUUUGUGUUUCCUAGACGCAAACAUUUUUGUAGGCCGAAGCUGAGGUUUUUCUAAUCAGGAAAAUGCUGAUGACAAAGUCUCUUCAAGCUAACUGGUUGGCUACGGGAUAGCUCCAAAAGAGGAGAUCCACACAUCAGGCCACUUGUAGGCAUGACGUCCUUCAUUUUCAUUUCUCAAUUUUAAUACUUACUGGAAGAAAUAAGACAAGAUAAACAAGCCUCCUCACAUAAUACUCCAUAGUCUAAAUAAGUGGGGCUUGCAAUGUGUCUCCUCUUCCCUUCCCUUUUACUUGCAGACUUCUCUGUUGCUUGAUGUCCAUGUGGGACUUGCUGAGUUUAAGAUUCUUGGUUUCCUGUUUUAAGAUAUAAAGAAACCAUUUCCUAACUAAAGCAUUGCCUUGGGCAAAUAUACUUUUGCCAGUCACUCUGUGUCACUGCCUGUGUCCAGAAUGGAAUUUAAGCUUUCUUGGUCUGGCCGCUAGUGAAGAUUCUCUGCUUUUUGCUGUUGUAUGUGAAAUGGGGGAAGGGGACUCAUCUCACUGGGUUGUAAUGUUAGCCACACCCCCCAAGCGCAGAAUCCUUUCACCCAGCUGUGGCUGGUGCUCAGAUCAGGCCUGGACAAGUCACCUCCCCUAGACUGCUGAAGACCUUUGAGUUGCCCUCAUGGCCACACCCUGAUUCAGAACUCUCACUCAUCUUAGCCGGAGCCACUGGGGAGUUUUUAACUCACAGCAAGCGACUCAACAGACUCUUACUGGUUUCUUUUUCGGAUUGUGAAACUCAACCUUCAAAGACUCUGUUCUAUCUCUGUGGACUGAUAGGACCGUCUUUAGCAUCUGCUGGGUGUAUGCCAUCCAGGCUUCUCUGCGGCUCUGUUUCUUGAUUUUGGUGAGCCUAGGAAGUGCCUGAGCUCCCUUGGCUCUAGAUUCCUGGCUUUCCCCAUCUAUCCAAAGCAUCUGAAGCUAUGGCUCGCAGUUGUCAGCUGAUGCAGGAUACACCACUCCUCCGGUUUCCAUGGCUCAAGUUCAUUCAUCUCUUUGUGCUGCUUCAUCGUUCUCAAAUGACUUCAGGUGUUGUUGACCAAGUGUCCAAGUCAGUGAAAGAAAAGGCAUCGCUGUCCUGUGGUUACAACUUUCCUCCUGAAGAGGAGUCCCUAAUGAGAAUCUACUGGCAAAAAGAUGACAAAAUGGUGCUGUCUGUCAUCGCUGGGGUACUAAAGGUGUGGCCCGAGUAUAAGAACCGGACUUUAUAUGACAACACUACCCACUCUCUCGUCAUCCUUGGCCUGCUCCUUUCAGAUAUGGGUACAUACAAAUGUGUAGUUCAAAAGUAUGAAAGAGGAGGUUUUGAAGUUAAACACUUGGCUUCUAUGUCGCUCUUCAUCAAAGUUGACUUCCCUACCCCCAAUAUCACUGAGUCUGGAAAUCCAUCCACCGACACUAAAAGGAUUACAUGCUUCGUUUCCGGGGGUUUCCCAAAGCCUCGGCUCUCCUGGUUGGAAAACGGAAGAGAACUAAACGGCAUCAAUACGACAGUUUCCCAGGAUCCUGAGUCUAAACUGUAUACCAUCAGUAGCCAGCUAGAUUUCAAUGCAACAUACAACCACACUAUUGAGUGUUUCAUUGAAUAUGGAGAUGCUCACGUGUCAGAGAGCUUCAUCUGGGAAAAACCUCCAGAAGCCCCUCCUUAUACCAAUAACACAAUUAUGCCUAUCAUGGCAGGAUUGGGUACAGCAACAACAACAGUAGUCAUCAUCUCCAUAUUCUUCAUCUUCUGCAAGAACAGAAGCUGUUUCAGAAGAAGAAAUGAGGCAAGCAGAGAAACAAACAACAUCAUUUACAUAGCACCUGCAGAAGCAUCAGCUGAACAGACUAUCUGAAGGUUUCACCUACAUUUGCAACUGACCUCUUCUGCAAACGUCUUCAGAAACCUAGCACUACCCAACCAUGUCCUGCAAACGUGCUCUCCAGGUGCAGCCUCUCCAGUGGUUUGCAGAAGCACUGAGAGGAAUGUAAUGCCUACCACAAUAGUUCUGCUGACUCUGAGAAAGUAGUUUAGAGACCGAAUUCUUUGGUAGGGAUAUUAGGGAAGACUUGCACAUCUGCCAGCACCCCCUCCUCCUCCUUCACAGACACACACACACUCUCAGUGUCUUAAGAUAGGGUUUUACCUUGUUGCCCACACUGAAAAAGAAUUGCUCUGUGGCCGAGGCAGGAUUCAAGCAUGCAUCAAUUCUCCUGCACCAGUUUCCUGAGUGCUAGAAUUCCAGGAGUGAGCUACUGCACAAAGCAGAACAAUAGCUGUUCCGAUGAAAACACUGAGAUUCCCGGAGGGAACCUGAAUUAUGAAGGUGAGUCAGAUCCAGAUUUCCUGGCUCUACCACUCUUAACAUGUAUCAGUUAGACUUCCAAGCUCUGAACUCACAGACAGGCUCAUUUAAAAUGCUUUUAAUAAGCAAAAGGCUUUGUUAGUACAGACAGAGCUCAGAAUAUUGCUUACUGGCAGUAUUUGACUAGCUUCUAUUUUGUCUGUUUGUUUGUUUUUUUAAGGCCUACUGGCCCUAGCGUAAUUUGUAGGAAACAUAUUGGUAUGUAUACCCAUUUGAGGGUAAUAAAAAUGCUGGUAAUUUUCAGCCAGCAUUUUCCAGGUAUUUUCCUUUUCAUCCUUUCAUUUCCUCAAGAGAAAAUAGAAUCAACCAAAAUUAAUUGCUUUUGUCAUCUAAGAUGUAUGGCUUUCAUACUUCAAAGCAAAAGUCAAGUUGGAGGCACAGUUCGUAACUUACUAGUUCAUAUUGGACUUGCAAUGUCUUUAGGCAACUUUGCCCUUUUGCAUAAUACUUGAUAUAGUUCUCAUUUAAAAUGAGAUUAUUUAAUAAGUAAUAAUCUGUCCUCACAUAAACAACUUAAGUGAUACACUAGCCUUACACAAAACUUCCUCAGAUCCCUGGAAGUGGCUUUUGCUCUUUGCUAUAGAUCUGCUACAGUGAAACUGAAAAAUAAAAUGUCCAUCAGACACAGUAGCACACGCCUCUAAUGUCAGCACUGAGGAUGCUGAGGCAGGAAGACUGAACUCCAGGUAACAUGGACUAGAUAGUAAGACCCUGUCCCCCGAAGGAAGGGAAAACAAGAAAUAGCCAACUGCUGCGUCUAUACUGAAGGUCCCCUUUUCUGUAAUCCACAGCCUACUAGGCCAGCAGUGAACUUAAGUAAAGACAAUCAGAUAUUCUUGUCUGAAUUUGGAGUUGGACAUCAAAAGGCACCCAAACUUCUCAAUGGAGCCAGAGUCUGUUGUACUGUCCAACAAACAGGUCCAUUUUUAUGUGGGUGCUCUCAGAACCAAGUCACUAAAGAAAACAAAGUGGUGGACUGACAAAAAGCUAACAAGACACUGAAAGCAAUGACAAAGAAAAGCGAGUGGGGAGGGAGCUGCUUCAUUUAGUCAGACUUAAUGAUGACUAGGCUGAGCAAGAGACCUCAAAAAAGGAUUAGUAACCAAAAAAGGAUCAACUGAAGGAGGUAUUUAGAAAAGUAAGUUAUAUUAAAUUAUUGAUUGCUACAUUUGAUAAGCGUUAGUUGUUUUUUAGAGUUAUACCUUGGUUUUAUUACUCAGGUAUUUUUCUAUGGUAAAGUAAAAUUAUUUUUAAAAACAACUCUUUAGUUUUAUAAAUUUUAAAGAUUUUGCUCAUGUUAUUAUGAAUAAAACAAUGAACAGAA